AUGGCUCGCCGCCAGCGAGUGGAGGCUCGAGAGAUGGCCGCACUGGUGACAAGGCUGUCACUUGCUCUAGCUGCGCUCCUGUCUGGAUGCGCGGCGCAGCCGGGCAUCAGGUUCGGUUACUACGACAAGACGUGCCCGGGAGCGGAAAGGAUCGUGUUCAGGGAGACGACGAGGAUCGUCAGGGCGUCGCCGGACCUGGCCGCGUCCCUGCUCCGGCUGCACUACCACGAUUGCUUCGUGCAGGGCUGCGAUGCAUCUGUGCUGCUCGACUCCGCAGACGGGAGCCCCACGGAGAAGGAUGCCAUACCCAACGAGAGUCUCCGAGGCUUCGACGCCGUCGCGCGGGUCAAGGACAAGCUCGAGAAGGCGUGCCCGGCCACCGUCUCCUGCGCCGACCUCCUCGCGCUCAUGGCACGAGACGCCGUCGUUCUGAGCAAAGGCCCAUCCUGGCCCGUGGCGCUCGGCCGGAGGGACGGCCGGACGUCCCGCGCCGAAAACUGCGGCGAGCUGCCGCCGCUCUACGGAAACAUCACGGUCAUGAUCGAGGUGUUCGCGGCCAAGGGCCUCGAUGUCAAGGACCUCGUCGUGCUCUCGGCCGGGCACACGCUUGGGAAGGCGCACUGCUCAUCCUUCGCCGACCGCCUCUACAAUGGCAGCAUCCGCAGCACCGACCCGACCCUGGACGGAAGGUACGCCGAUAGGCUGAGAAUGCGCUGCCGCGGCCCCAGCGAUAGCAGCGCGGCAGCAGAGAUGGACGCCGGUAGCUGCGGGACAUUCGACACGAGCUACUAUCGGCAGGUGGCCAGGAGGCGCGGGCUGCUCCGGUCGGACGCCGGCCUCAUGGAGCAUCCCUUCGCCGGUGCCUACGUCCGCCGCGCCGCCACUGGCAGGUACGACGGGGAAUUCUUCCGGGACUUCCGCGUCUCCAUGGCCAAGAUGGGCGCCAUCGGCGUGCUCACCGGCAACCAAGGGAAGAUCAGGACCAAGUGCAACCUUGUCAACUGA